CAAAUGAACAGGAAGAUGAUGCAAUCUUUCCAAGAGGAAGUAAAUCUAAUUUCAUUGGUCCUCAACUCGUGGCUCAAUCAUUUCAUUCAGGAGUUAGUGGAGUUAGCAGGGAGUUUAGCCUUCCCUGGAGCAUGUUUCCUUCUGAAGACUUUUACCUGGCUGAAAGGGGCAUACAUUGUGUUGUACUCACUGCAGAUUCUUGGGACCAACAUGAGAGCUGGAGGCAUCUUGAAGUUGGCUGCAUUGGUUUCUGUCUUUUUCCUGGCAGUUUUCCUUGCCUUCCAGCUGCUGGAAAUGAACAUGGACUUCAAUCUGGGCAAUGUGUUUGGGUCUAUGCCUGUAGAGGAAGGCCCUACCAGACAGGAACGCUACAAGUGUGGCCUCUCCAAGCCAUGUCCCGAGGGACACUUCUCCUUUAAGAUGGCCAGCGGAGCAGCCAGUGUUGUCGGUCCCAAAAUCUGCCUGGAGGACAACAUAUUGAUGAGUGGAGUCAAGAACAACGUGGGCAGAGGAAUUAACAUCGCCCUGGUUAACGGAAAGACAGGGGACCUCAUCAAGACAGACUACUUUGACAUGUGGGCGGGAGAUGUCAACACGCUCAUCACAUUCCUGAAGACUAUUGAAGAAGGAACAGUAGUGAUGAUGGCCACGUUUGAUGAUUCGGCCUCCAAGCUGAACGACGAGUCCAAGAAGAUGAUUGGUGAACUUGGAAGUUCCAGCAUCAGCACAUUAGGUUUCAGGGACAACUGGAUCUUUGUGGGAGGCAAAGGGAUCAAGACCAAGAGUCCCUUUGAGCAGCACAUAAAGAACAACGCCGACACCAACAAGUACGAGGGCUGGCCCGAGGUGCUGGAGAUGGAAGGCUGCAUACCCCAAAGACAGGAGUGAUCUUUUCACUUGAACCCUCGAUCGGCCAUCUCCGGUUCCCUUCAUAGCCGACCCCUUCACGCCUUUGGUUGCGUCUCCCAUUCUUCUCUUAAAAUAGUGUACUUGCACACUUUCCUAUGAUGGCUCUAACAAUGGUUGAACCUCCCUCCACCCAAUGCUAACACCAACGCAGCCUUGGUAUUUUAGAGACUGUCCCUCUGCGUUGCAGCUGUCAAUGUUUGCAGCAAUCGGUGUUUGACGUCAGGAAGCAUCCUUGUUUGUUUGUGUCAAGGUAUUGUCUAUAUAUAGAAAGAGGAAUGGUAUGGCAGAAAUUCCUGUUAUUGGUUAUUCAGCAGAAUGUACCAAGAUCACUGUGAAAUUUGUAAAUAGAAAUACAAAAAAAGUAUCAAACUUUUGAACAUCUAUUGUAAUAUAACAUCUUGGAAAGCUAUAUGGCUUAAGAUCCUUGUUACUUAAGAGUGAAUUUAUAUUAUAGCUUUUUAUCUUUAGUGAUUGGUCUUUUUUUUAAAUGUUUUUGUGUGGGUUGGGAGUGGAAUGAAUGAGGAAGCAUAGAGCUAAAUCACGUUAGUGGGGAUUUUGUCUUGUGUGCAUCUUCCUUGGAUAGAAUGAGGAUUGUUGGUUUUGGAUGGGGUCAUGUACGUAAGUGUUUCAGUAACAAUCUUAUCGAUAUUUUAGGGAAAUAUUUAGCUGAUUUGAUAAAUCACUUGGGAUUUUAUUGGCACCUUGACAGCCUUGGAAAAAACAUUCAAGAAAUAGAUUGAUACAGUACAAAGAUGGCUAGGUUUUGAUUUUGUGGCUAGAUCUUACUUUCCCCAGUAUCUCUGGUUUACUUUAAAGACUACUAACUCUCUGCAUCACAUCUCUUCCACUUGGCUCUCCUAAAGCUUUGAUUACCUCAUUGCGACUGACUUUUUUGUUCUUAUCAUAUAAUGCAAGAACUGCCUAGGCUGAAGCUCACAGCUUUUAGCUGAGUUACUGUUGGCUUUUGCAACAUUACAUCAUGUCCCCCCUGGAUCUUCUUCAGUGAGCGGUCUCACUACCACUACCACUGUUCAUUAGCUGUGGUCAUAUUCGCUACAAUUCAACCCAGCUGUCAUUUUGUCACACUUGGAAUGGAGUAAGCUAGAUAUAUAACAAAUGAUACAUUUGACGUUUUAUUUAACUAAGCAAGUCGGUUAAUUAAGCACAAAUUCUUAUUUACAAUGAAGGCCUACACCGGCCAAACCCGGACGACGCUGGGCCAAUCGUGCGCGCCCUAUGGGACUCCCAAUCAGGACCAGUUGAUACUGUCUGGAAUGGAACCAGGGUAUCUAGUGACUCCUCAAGCACUGAGAUUCAGUGCCUUAGACCGCUGCACCACUCCGGGGACCCAUGGAUUGAUUCAGUGCCUUAGACCGCUGCACCACUCCGGGGACCCAUGGAUUGAUUCAGUGCCUUAGACCGCUGCACCACUCCGGGGACCCAUGGAUUGAUUCAGUGGAUUCAUUCCUGUUCUGUGUGUGAAGUUGAAUCCAUUGGGAGAUUAUUGCAUAUGCAGUUAUGUCAUGUGCUUUAACUACGGACGGUAACACCUGGUGCUGAAAGUAGCACACGUUUCAGAGUGUAAUGUAAAACUCUUGUUGCCUAAAACAUCUCACCUCGGCCCCCUAGUUGGUUCAAAGGAUAACUCUGUUUUUGGUCAAAUGGCAGGAAUACAAUCCUGUUUCUGUUUGCUUUUAGGGCAGUACAUGUAACCUAACACAAUGUGAUUGUGGAGGCUAUUCUGAAACCUGUUCCCCCAUCCACUUGUCUAUGGAGUCAUUGUAAUGAAGGAAUUCCCCUUUUGUCUCGACAUUGGCAAGAUAUUUGCCUUGUCUGACUUACAAAUCCAUAGACAGUCUAUGUAAUAUUCAUUAUUUCUGCAUCUCUACUAAACUACUGAUUUGUUAGUCAUACAUGUUGUUACAAGGAAGUUAAAUGGGGAACAAUUCUGAUUAUUGUGACUCAAUGUCUUACAUCUGUGUCGUGAAACAUUUCAACCAACUUCCCAUUCAUGAGUAUGAUUAAUAAAGCUCAACCUGUC